UCCUUAAUUUCUGCCUCCAGUUUGAAACUGUCAGGCUGCUGCUAAGGUAGCCGCUGUGCUAGCCGAGAUUUCAGGAUCGACACUGCGAGAAGGCAGGGAGUGAGGAGUCGGGAUUCGGUUGCGAGCCUCUACGUUUUUGUGGAGAAUGUCAUCAGAUGAAGAGAAAUACUCACUUCCAGUUCUGCAAAAUGAUUCUAAUCGAGGGAGUUCUGUCUCUUCAGAUCUUCAGGAAGAGUAUGAAGAAUUGCUUCGUUACGCUAUAGUGACUCCAAAUAUUGAAUCCAGUGCUUCACAGUCAUCUCAUCCCAAGAGAGAAGUGGUGCCAGAUGUUAGAGUUCCUACUAAAAGUGAUAAUCUUCAUAAUCAAGGAAAUAAUGCUGGGUUGGAAAUUGGAAAAGGAUGUGAUAUAAACAUUUCAAGUUAUUCAAAGACAGAUGGCUCAUCACCAGUAUUAUCACCAAGGAAGCCUCACCCAGUCAUGGAUUUUUUCAGUUCACAUCUUUUACGUGACUCUUCCUCUCCAGGCUCUAAUUCUAGUCAUGUAGAUGCCCAUGAAAUGGUUGUGAGUGAUUUCCUUGUUUCUGAUGAAAACCUUCAGAAGAUGGAAAAUGUACUUGAUCUUUGGAGUUCAGGCCUUAAGACAAAUAUCAUAUCUGAACUAAGUAAAUGGAAACUUAAUUUUAUUGACUGGCACCGAAUGGAAAUGAAGAAAGAGAAAGAAAAACAUGCAGCACAUAUAAAACAACUGUGUAGCCAGAUCAACGAGCUGAAGGAGCUACAUAAAGCCUAUGAAAUCUCUAUUGGAAGAAAAGAUGAGGUGAUUUCUAGCUUGUCUCAUGCCAUAGGCAAGCAAAAGGAAAGGAUAGAACUGAUGAGAACAUUCUUCCACUGGCGAAUUGGCCAUGUCAAAUCCAGACAGGAUGUUUUUGAAGGUAAACUAGCUGACCAGUACUUCCAAAGAGCAUUGCUGAAGAAAGUCUGGAAAGGCUGGCGUUCAGUAGUACAGAGGCAGUGGAAAGAUGUGUUGGAACGGGCUUGUCAAGCCAGGGCUGAAGAAGUUUGUGUCCAGAUUUCCAAUGAUUAUGAAACCAAAGUUGCUAUGCUGUCUGGGGCUUUGGAAAAUGCAAAAGCUGAGAUUCAAAGAAUGCAUCAUGAAAAAGAGCACUUUGAAGAUUCCAUGAAAAAAGCUUUCAUGAGGGGUGUGUGUGCUUUAAAUCUAGAAGCCAUGACUAUAUUUCAAAACAGAAAUGACACAGGGAUGGACUUCCCAAAUAAUAAAAAGGAAGAGCAUGGUCCUGGUGUUCAAGGAAAAGAACAUUCUGCUCAUUUGGAUCCUUCGGCUCCUCCAGGGCCCACUGUGGUCCCAUCACCACUGCUGCCGUCCCCAUCUGCAACAGUGGUCGGAACAGCCAGCAGCGCGACUGCCAUCCCCUCUACUACAUCCGUGACUUCUACCAGUGCUGCCUCCACAUCUUUUCACGUUCCCGUUUCUAUUCUUGGUGCAGGAUCUGCAGGAACUGCUGCACCAGAAGAAAUGUACGUGCCAAGAAUUGUAACUUCUGCACAACAGAAAGCUGGAAGGACAAUUACAGCCCGAAUCACAGGGAGAUGUGAUUUUGCUUCAAAAAACAGAAUUAGUAGCAGUUUAGCUAUAAUGGGAGUUUCUCCUCCCAUGAGCUCAGUCGUUGUGGAAAAACAUCAUCCAGUCACAAUGCAAACCAUUCCUCAGGCAGCUGCAGCAAAAUAUCCCCGGACCAUUCAUCCUGAAAGCAGUACCUCAGCUUCCAGAUCUCUUGGAACUAGGACAACUCAAACCCAGUCUCUCACAAGCGUUCAUUCCAUAAAAGUGGUUGACUAAACUUACUAUCUUCAAAAUGAGGUCUUUUAAUUCCUCUCAUCUACCAGAAGUCUUUAGUUUUUAAUGUUUCUAUAUUCUUAGAGCAUCAUGGGUACAUUAUGUUCAUCUUCUCAAAAUUACAAGAGACUUUCAAGCUAUAACAUCCUCUGUAACUAUAUGUAGAAAUUAUUUAAUUUUUUUUAUUUAAGCAAUUAAGUAAAACUUUCCAAAAAAUAAAAAUCUGGACUUUAUUUUUAAUACAUUCAGUUUGUCACUAAUUAUAUCAGUGAACUAUAUAAAUAUUGUUUUCUCUACAUUAUUUGUAAAACACUAAAUCAUUUUCCAUGUAGAGAGAUACAAUUUACAUGAAACUUUGAGAGAGAACUGUACUCAGAAGAAAUUACCAGAACCAGUAAAACUGUUUUGGGCCAAUGAGUGGCAUGGUAAUUAAGGAGACUGAAUCCCACAUGGCUGACAGCUCAGUUUGAGUCACAG